UCAACUUUAAAAUUCACAAUUCCUUGAAUAUUUAAUUCACUAAGCAUUUAAAAUGGCAUCUGAUGAUGAUGAUCUUCCAGAAUUGAUAAACGAAGAUAAUGCAGACAUUUCUGAUGAUUCCGACGAAGAGAAAUGGCAAGAAAUUAAAGACGAUAGGGAUGAGGAAGUGCCAACGACAUGUCUGUUCUGUGAUUCACAGUUUUCAUCAAUAGAAAAAGCAAUUCCUCAUUUGGAUCAAGUCCAUCAGUUUGAUUUGAGAAGUUUAAAAGCAAAAUAUUCAAUGGAUUUCUACAGCUACAUUCGACUGGUGAACUUUAUUAGAUCCAACAAAAUUAUGAAUCCUAAGGAUUUAGUGUCAACAGACAGUUCUCCAUUAUGGCUGGAUGAAAAAUACAUGAAACCAGCGGCAGAUUAUGAGUCAUGGCUGUCAUACGACUUUGAUGAGCUUGAAAUAAGUGAAGCAACUUCACAAACCGACAAAGUCAUUAAAGAUUUACGAGAUGAGCUGAAAAUUAAAGAUCAGAUGCUGCAACAAGCACUAGAAGACAUGACAUUAAUGAAGGAAAGCUACAAACGAUUAAUGGGAAAAGAAGAAUCGACAUCAAGUACACAAAAGAAGAAGAAUCAAGGAAGUGGAGUCGCAAGUGUAAGUCUCGAAUCAGACAGUUCCUAUUUCGAGUCUUAUUCCCACUUUUCCAUCCAUCACUCAAUGCUCAGCGAUACAGUCAGGACAGAAAGUUAUCGUGAUGCAAUUUUAAAGAAUUCCGAGGCAUUUAAAGACAAGGAUGUGCUUGAUAUUGGCUGUGGAACGAGCAUUUUGUCACUUUUUGCUAGUCAGUCAGGCGCUAAGCAUGUCUAUGCUGUAGAUCAGUCAGAUAUUAUUUAUCAUGCGAUGGAAAUUGCACAAAUUAACAAUUUUAAUAAUGUAAAGUUCCUUAAAGGACGUCUCGAGGACAUAGAAAUGCCAUUUGAGAAAGUUGACAUCAUUAUUUCUGAAUGGAUGGGCUACUUCCUAUUCUUUGAAGGCAUGCUGGACAGUAUCAUUUAUGGACGAAAUAAUUAUCUGAAGGAAGGUGGACUGAUCUUGCCAAAUAGAUGCAAUGUCAGCAUCGUUGGUUAUGGAUGUGAAGACAGAUACAACAAUUUCAUCAAGUUCUUCGAUAAUGUUUAUGGCUACAACAUGAAAUGCAUCCUUAAAGACAUCCUUCGAGAAGCUCACGUCGAAAAAUGCCACGAUGAAUUUGUGCUGACCAAACCCAACAUAAUUUGUGAAUUGGACAUCAACACAUGCGACUUAAGCUAUUCAAACUUCACUUACGAUUUCUCACUGGAUGUCACAAAAGAUUCCAAAAUGACAUCAAUCGUUGGAUAUUUCGAUACAUUCUUUGAUUUGCCUCAGGAAAAAGUUUCAUUCUCAACAUCGCCUGCUGCAACUCCAACUCAUUGGCAGCAAGCCGUAUUUUAUUUGGACGAACCUGUAGAUGUGAAAGUUGGAGAUGUUGUGACUGGAAAGUUCAUUUGUCAAAGAGAUAGGAAAGAUUUGAGGUCAUUGAAUGUGGAAAUUAGAGUAUUUGGGAAGGUCUUCAAGUAUGAUUUGAAUUAAGGUUUGAGUAUGGCAUGUUGCAUACAAGUUUUACGUACAAUAUUUGAGUUACGUUCAAGUUUUACUUCAGCAAUAAUUUUGUGUACAAGUUUUGCAUGCAAAAUUUACGUAAAAGUCAAAAGUUACGUAAACUUGUACGUAAUUCCUCAAAAGUCCCAAUCCAUGUCCUUAAACAAUCCCCAAUAAAAAGGAUAUUUU